UCCGUGGUUAGGGUUAAACAUUAAGGGAAACUACGGAAAAACCUCAAAUGUAGUCACUACAGGAGCUAUAAUUUUGCUUAGCCUUUGAUUGACGUCUUAAACGGCACAUUCUCAGGUUAUUGAAAUGAGGGUGAGAACCGGCCUGAGCAUCAUGAAAAAUGCUCUCCUCCGCAUGAAUACAUUCUCAUAAACGGAAGCUGUAAAGUGGAAUUAACCGUAUGAUGCAUCCCUUUGCUCUUGAGGAAACUGAUGAAUGGAAGGUUAUGAGGUCAUAGUCUUUGUUUCAGUGGAAGUUUAUGAGGUCAUAGUCUCUGCUCUCUCUGCCUCCAGAUGCUAAGAAUGUCUGUCGUUGUUGGGUGUGUUCUAGAAUGUGGAAUCAUAGCUUUAUAAAAAGAUGCAUGUGUUCCUUGUAACUUUGAAUUCAGGCAUCUGCUGUGCGGUAUUUGCUGAAGACACCGAGGGGAGACAGACCUGACUGAUCCUGGCUAAGAUAUGGAUAUCAAUGAUGACCCUAAUGAAGAGCAUCUUGCAAGUUAUGACGUUCAACUCUGCAUUCAGGAAUCCAUUGAAGCAAGCCAGGCUGUAUUCCAUCCUGAAAGACUUGUGCCACUAAGUGACCAAAACAGAAAGCUUGUAGAGGCCAUAAGGCAAGGUCACAUUUUUGAGCUCCAGGAGUACGUGAAAUGUAAAUACGCUCUGGAUGAAGCUGACGAGAAAGGAUGGUUCCCAUUGCAUGAAGCCGUCGUUCAACCCAUUCAGCAGAUACUUGAGACUGUUCUGGACGCAUCCUAUAAGACAGUUUGGGAAUUCAAGACUUGUGAUGGAGAAACACCCUUGACUCUGGCAGUCAAAGCUGGCCUGGUGGAAAAUGUCAAGACAUUGCUAGAAAAGGGGGUCUGGCCCAACACCAAAAAUGACAAAGGAGAGACUCCUCUUCUGAUCGCUAUAAAAAAGGGCUCCUAUGACAUGGUAUCAGCACUGAUUAAAUCCAACACCAGCCUUGACCAACCCUGUGUCAAGCGAUGGUCAGCAAUGCAUGAAGCCGCUAAGCAAGGCCGGAAAGACAUCAUAGCCCUACUGCUGAGCCACGGAGGAAAUGUGCACCUGAGAGAUGGCUUUGGAGUCACGCCUUUAGGGGUUGCUGCCGAAUAUGGUCACUAUGAUGUGUUAGAACAUCUGAUCCACAAAGGCGGGGAUGUGUUUGCUUUGGCGGACGAUGGGGCAUCUGUGUUAUUCGAGGCAGCAGGAGGUGGAAACCCAGACUGCAUUUCCCUCCUGCUGGACUAUGGAGGAAGCGGCAACGUGCCCAACAGAGCAGGGCAUCUUCCCAUACACCGAGCUGCCUAUGAGGGACAUUAUCUGGCUCUGAAAUAUCUCAUCCCAGUAACAUCCAAACAUGCAAUCCGGAAAAGUGGCCUAAGUCCAAUUCACUCAGCAGCAGAUGGACAAAAUGCCCAGUGCCUGGAACUACUGAUUGAUAACGGUUUUGACGUCAAUGCCCUGCUGGCUGACCACAUAUCUCAGAGCUACGACGAUGAGAGAAAGACCGCGCUUUAUUUUGCUGUCUCUAACAAUGAUAUUCACUGCACAGAAGUCCUUCUGGCUGCAGGUGCAGACCCCAACUUAGAUCCCCUCAACUGUCUACUUGUGGCAGUGAGGGCCAACAGCCAUGAAAUUGUCCGGCUGCUCCUCUCCUACGGAGCUAAUGUCAACUGUUAUUUUAUGCACGUGAAUGACACUCGCUUCCCCAGCGCCAUUCAGUACGCCCUAAAUGACGAGGUUAUGCUGAGACUCCUGCUGAAUAACGGCUACCAAGUGGAGCUGUGCUUUGAGUGCAUGCACGGAGACAUCUUUGGAAAUUCAUUCGUGUGGUCAGAGAUAGAGGAGGAGGGACUGCCAGGAUGGACAUCUUGUAUAAUAAAAGAUAACCCGUUCUGUGAGUUUAUUACAGUACCAUGGCUGAAGCACCUGGUGGGCAGCAUCGUCCGUGUACUAAUAGAUUACAUGGAUUAUGUCCCUCUGUGUGCUAAACUGAAGUCUGCCCUAGAAGUACAGAGAGAGUGGCCAGAAAUCCGCCAAAUAAUAGAGAAUCCUUGCUCACUCAAGCAUCUGUGCCGGUUGAAAAUUCGCAGACUUAUGGGACUGCAGCGACUCUGCCAGCCAGCCUCCAUGGAGAAGCUUCCUCUGCCGGCAGCGAUUCGAAGAUACUUAUUAUUUAAAGAAUAUGAUCUCUAUGGACAAUAGCUAAAGUUAAAUAUCACUUUUAAAUGAUAUUUCAAAAUGUAAUUCUUAAAGUGUUUUCAAAUGUGGUUCCCUUAGAGAAGUCAUUGGAAUCGUUUUGUAUUCUUAAGUGUGUUUAAAUCCAUGGAGAAUCUGGUAGUUGGGUUGCAUCCCUAUGGGAAGAACAUGUACACUCCUAAAGACUUUCAGGUUCCUAAGACAAGCAAUAUCCUCUGUUUGAACUUCUACUGACUGUCUUCAGUUGUUACAAGUCUUCAAAUCCUCCCUACCAGUUGAAUGUCAAUGACUGAGAGUCUAAGCUAAAAAGCAAAUAACCACUUUCUCGAAACCCCACACACAUCUAUCUGCCAGCUGCUGGCCUGUUCUAUUGUUAGAACCACUGUUCUAGAAAAGCUGCUGGGUACUUGCAGGUUCACCCUGUAACCUGGCUCCCCCACCUCCACCCCCAGCCUCCUACUCCUUGGCUCAAAUCUCCUAACAACUUCCUUGUUGUUAAAUUUGAAAAACAACUUUCACUCCCUCUUCCUGUUGAUUCUUGCGGCAUCUAACUCCAUUUCCUGUUCCUUCCUUGGUUUUCGUCAUACGGAUAUGUCGCUCUUUCUCCUCUCAGCCCUUCUCCUAGUCUGUUUCUUGGCUGUGUGCCUCUUUUCCUGCAGUCCUCUAGGGACAUGCCCUCUGGGAAACUCCAUUCGCUUUCACGGUUGCGAUCCUAUUGCUGGGGACUAUAGCAUUUACAGAUAAAGUUCAGCCUUCUGUCUCCUGUGCUUCAGGUCUGACAGUGGCAAACACGGACGCAAUGGACAUCUAAACACACAGAUAGCUUCAGUUCAACGCGUCCUUCAAAUCCUCCCUUCACUAAACACUUUUCCUCGGCACCUUCUGCAGUUCGACAGCAGCCACAAUCAAAUCGCUUUGCAGGAGAAAAGACCUGGCAUCAGUCUUGACCCCGCCCUCCCCUUGCCUGGCGUUUUCUCACCUGGCUCACCCAGAGUGCCAACUCACUACAACGCCAUUGCGUUUCUCCCGUAAUGCCGCCAUUUUGCCCUGCCCAGUCCCACAAAUUCCAUUCUACAUCUGACUGUAGUCUUCCUUUUCCUGAGACAAGACAUUGUUGCUUCUCUGGCUUGCCGCCUUUGUCUUUCCAGAGUCUACACACAGCAUUCCAGGAUGACCUUUCAGAGACUUAACCACAGUUCAUUCCCAUACAAAAGAUCACUCCCAUUAUCGUGGAAUAGAAAUCUUGAGUUCCCACAUGGCCUCCCUGCUUACCUAUCUCCUUUCUCUUGAGCCUCUCUGCAUCUCCCCACCACACUCAGCAGUAUCAUUGCUAGCCAUGUCUUCUAGAGCAGAUCCCCAGGCUUUAUGGUUUUAUAUAAUAAAAUAUGGUUUUGUUAAUAUAAAAACAAGGUCCAUCUAUAAUCACCAUUUCAUUUCUAAGAGGGAUUAUGCCUUAGAAUGCUAGCAACAAGAUGGCGGUCACCUCAGUUGUUAAAAUGGAUUGACAUUAGCUUUGGAAGACUGGGCACACUAUUAUCUUCUCCGCAGUGACACGCUAAACUUCACUGUGGUCCCCAAGUCUUAGGAUCCCUUUGAUGGGAAUCACUAUAAACCUCAGGACCUUUAUGUCUCCAUCACCCUCUACCCGAUGAUCUCUUUUUCCUUGUCCCGUCUCCCACCAAUUAACUGACCGCUAUAUUGCAGAGCUUGACUCAGCUGUUGCUCCCUCUGGAUGGAAGCCACUGCCCAGAGCUGCUCAUACGGUAUUGUACUCAGCUAUGUCACACUAGACUGGAAGCUCCAUGAGGGCAGGACCAUGUCUGCUUUGUUUCCCAGUGUGUGCUCAGAGCCAAACACAUUCCCUAGAAUGAACGUUAUACAAGACCUAGAAAGAAAUAAUCAGUGACUUCAUGGUGAAGCGAGAGGUUUGAAUCUCUGACUUGGAUGUGUACACUUAGCAAUGUAAUUUUUUAAAUUGAUUAUUCUUACAUUUUAAUAGUGUAUUUUUUUACAUUUAUUUUAUUGUGAGAGGGAAUAUUCUCUUGGUAGUAAUAUCCCACUAGUCUGUAAAUUUUCUGACAUGCAUUUGCUUUCAGUUAUCUUUGAAAAAUAAGUAGGUCUGGAAAGAAAUCUGUAUCCUUAGGGUUAUGGCUCUACUGUAUUUUAUUUCCUUGAAUAUUUUUAAUACAAAUCAUAUCAUAAUAUAUUUACUUUGAACUGUGAUGUUUCAUGUAUAAGAGUUCAUAAUUUUUGUGCUGCUUUCUCUCAUUGUGCUUAACAUUGAUGUCUUAUA